GCGUGUCCGUGGUUUCGACGAAAUCACUGCCCGUAGCCGUGUGAGGGGCAGAGAACGGGGGAAGGGCAGAGGACAGGGUGGUGGCGAUCGGGGAGUGGGGAAUGCGACGCCGCUCCCCCCAUUAUUGUUAGGAAUUCGUUCUUUGCAAUUCCUCGACUCCACCCUGUCGUCUUCCUCUUCGUUUUGGCCAUCGCCAUCCCCCUUGUGUCGUGUCGUCAUCCUGCCACCUGUCCUCCACAGCGCGUACUUUCCCAGUUCGUUCUCCCAUUCAUACCUCCGCUUUUCGGAUUGAAUUGAACGUCCACGUGGCCGGUGAUCGGACCGUCUAUUUCGAAUGUUCUCGGAUGCUGAGGCAGUCAAAGUGGAGCACUCGAUGACGCGGGAUCGGCGGCGCACUCACGGGAUAGUUAAGAAACAGAUAGCGAUUCAGAGCCUGCCACAGCCGGUGAUCUCCUUGUCAUUUUCCGGGUUUGUGGAGAAAAGGAGGCUGUAGAGGCGGGGGGAGAGGGAUUGGAAUUGGUCUGCGUUUUCCACAGGAACGGCAUACCUACCUGCGGUUGUCGUCGGCAGACACGUGUUUACAUGAGAGGAGUAUCUAUAAUCGCGAAGUCGGCUGUAUGGGAGGGUGCAACAGGGGGGGGGGAGAAGCGACGGAGCUUGACAGGGCAGAAAGUGCGAGGGGGGGGAAAGCUUGUUACUAAUGUGGACAUGUAGCUGGCACUUGAACCAUAGAGGGAAGAAGUGAAAAUAGAGGGGGAGAAGGCUAUCGCGCCACUGCGCAUGUGGCGGAGGUGUUGAUCGGGUGAAAGCCGCCGUCUUGACUGCCAUUUGUGUCGUGGGAAGGGCAGGGGACGGGAAGACGUGGGAGCUGCCGCGGAUCGAGAGCUUCGAUGGCGCACGAAAGCAGCACCACGAUUGUCAUGAUGAUGAUGUCAUGUCUGGCUUGCUUCUACGUGGCUGGAAGGCUGUGGGAAGAUGCAAAGGUUCGGACGGACAUCAUGGAACUGGCGAAGAAAAGAGGCCCGCAGCCACAUGUUGUUGAAGUAGACGACACCAUCAAAAUGAUUGAUUCUAUAGCUCAGAAAAAGAGAAUAGCGCAGUUAGAAAUGGAGAUUGCUGCUGCAAAGGCGAAGGGUUACAAGCCAGAGAUACAGAAUGCUGCCAGGGGGCACUAUAAGAAUGGGAGGUUGAAGGUGGUGAUCGGGAUAAAUACGGCGUUCGCUAACAGGAACCGAAGAGAAGCCAUCAGGAAUACGUGGAUGGGAAGACAAGCGGAGUUGAAGCGAUUGGAGGAGGAGAAGGGGGUUAUUAUUCGAUUUGUGAUUGGUAGAAGUGCAAAUCGAGGGGACAGCUCUGACAAGGUUAUUCUUAGGGAGAACGAGUACACGAACGACUUUAUUAUACUGUUGUCAGGAUUUCAAAGGGAGGGCCCAAGACAAGUGUGCUACGAUAGCUUGCUGGCAUUUCUUGAAGAGCAUUCAGCGGAACCACGUGUAUAUGCGGGAUGCAUGAAAUCUGGAGAAGUCUACACGAAGCCGGAGAUGAAGUGGUAUGAACCAGAGUCUUGGAAGUUUGGCGACCAGAAAAGCUAUUUGAGACAUGCAACUGGGCAAAUUUAUGUGCUCUCGAAAGCAUUGGCAGAGUACAUCCACAUCAAUUCGGCUAUUUUGCAUAAGUUCAAGAACGAGGAUGUCACACUCGGAACAUGGAUGAUUGGUCUUGAUGCCCAGUAUGUGGAUGAGCGACGACUUUGUUGUGCUAGCCAACCGAAUGGAGAGGAUUGUGCGGGAAGGAGGGCGGCAGGGAAGCCCUGUAUCGCUGUAUAUGACUGGCCAUGUACCGGCUUGUGUAAAGCGGCCGAGAGAAUGCAGUCAGUUCAUGAAAAGUGCGGUUAAUACCCAGUGGGCUUUGGUGAUAUGGACACUUUCACCCCGUCACUACUGUGGGUUCUUUGUAGAAUUGCGGUGACUGAUUGCAUCAAAGAGGACCUGUUUCCUUUCCUUACACUUUCCAGUACAUCGCAGAUGAAUGCGGAUGGAGGAAAGCCGAAGGAAAAAUUGUGUUGCGGUCGGGACUGGGCAUGGAGAUUGAGGAGGGAUAGGGUUUGCGUGCAGCUGGCCAGGGAACUUCAUAUGCCAUGGCUUUCCGAUCCUUGCCCAUUCUGAUUAGGUGUCUGUGCCAGUGGCCAUGAGAGAGAGAGAGAGAGAGAGAGAGAGAGAGAGAGAGAGAGAGAGAGAGAGAGAGGUGGUGGGAAGUGGGAGAGGGGAGUGAGGAGGAAGGAAUUAGCAAUUGUUGUUUAUCU